AUGAGUCCUUCCGAAGAUCCUGAAAUCCACAGCGAUGGUAGCGAAGACAGCGAUGAUGCCACCGCUCCGAAAGCGAGAACAGUCAGAUCUAGUCGAGCAUGUAUAACCUGCAGACGGAUGAAAACAAGAUGCGAAAUCGACGAAGCCCUAGGCAACGCGUGUAAAUUAUGCAUUCGAGCCCGUCGACAAUGCAUUAUGCAGGAUAUCCCACGGCGAAGAAAAAGAAAGACCACCGAACGGGUCGCAGAUCUCGAGCAGAAAAUCAAUGCCCUGACCGCACUUCUAAGAGCUAAUGAGACGAGUAGCCCAGGAGACCACGGGAAACAUCCCACUGUCUGCAGUGAUUCUGCUGGAACUUCAGCAUCCAACGAGCAGACCUCGGCCAAAUCCGAUAAGACCCUCAUCGCUAAAGCCUUGUCUCGCGGCUUGCUGGAUUGGGAGACUGCCUGCAAGGCUUUUGACCGAUACAAGGAUGAAAUGUGUCGCUACUUCCCAUUCGUGGUCUUUCCCUCUACCUCAGAUGCCAUCGCCGUCAAACAGCAACAGCCCCUCCUGUUUUUCGCCGUCAUUACGGUUGGCCUCGCGUCCAUGCAAACCACGGUCGACGCCGAGCUUUGCGAUAUGCUCAUCAAGGAUCUAGCCCUACGUGUCGUGUACAACGGUGAACGGUCUCUUGAGCUUGUUCAGACUUUAAUCGUUCACAUUACGUUCUACGGCAGGGCUAAAAACAUGCGAGACCUCAACUUUAACCAGAUGGUGCAUAUGGCCAGCACAAUGGCGCUUGAUAUAGGCUUGGGCAGACGACCUCAUAAAUCAAGCUUGACGCAAUACAACGAUCCGCAUCAAUUGGAAUCACCUGCAGCGCGACGAGCAUGGCUAGGGUGCUAUUAUAUGGCGACGAGUGUUUCCAUGUCACUUCGUCACCCUGCAUUCGUCCGCUGGUCUGUUUACUCCGAGGAAUGCUUGGAUGUUCUCUCAGCUGAAGUGCCCGCCUUACCAAGCGAUGUGUGGCUAUGUGACCUGAUACGUCUCCAACGUAUCGCUGAAGAUGCGUCAGUCACGUUUUCCAUGGACGACCCUGGGUCAAUAGUCACUCUCCGCGAUGUCAAGAUUCAAUAUCAAAUACGAGGCUUUCGUCAGCAACUGGACUACUGGCGUCGACAUGCAAAAACAGACCUGAACCUCGCCUAUGUUCGCCAUGUUGCAGCAUGCAUCGAUCUCUUCAUCCACGAAAUAGCCUUACAUCCGGAACAUGACAUUGAUGACCUCCGUUCACCGCUCCGUGCUGCUGCUCCUCCCCCCCCAAUUGCAGAAGUCGAGAAUAUGACAUUGAAAUUCAAAGACUUGUACUUCAUCCCCGCAAGAGUGGAGGCAUUGUUUGCUUGCCUUGCUGCAAUUCACGAAUGCUUUGAUGCAUUUCUGUCCAUGGGAUUGCCCUCCCUUUGCAACUUGCCAAACAUUUUCUUCGUACGCACUGGUUAUGCAGCUCGAGCACUUCGCAAGUUGCUCAACAUAUGUGAUAGCCAAGCGGAGUUUGAAGGGAGAUCCCAAAUCGAUGUCCGAGAUUUGAAGUUCGAAGAGUACCUGACUUCAAUCAUCGAUCUGCUCAGGAGAGUCCAUACUCAAAACAACUCUGUGGUGGCGAGAGCGUUCUGUUUGGUUCUCUCGCAGAUCAAGGCACAAGGGCUAAAUUCAUCCAGGUUGCUUUCCGCGAUGAAGCAAGCAGAUAAUACUGCAACUACUGGGUCGAGAGUCAGUCCCAGUUCUGCCUCUUCUAUGCCUUCGAACGAACGCUUUGACCUCCCCUGCUUACGGACCGACGAGAGACAACAGCCACAUCAAACAGAAUUUCUUGACUACAGUUCUGUUAACCCGACCGGCGCACCUCCAGCUCAGUCGUCCCAUUCUCAGACUUCUCUAGAACCGCACACUCAAACAAAGGAUGCGCAGUGGUUACAGAAUGAUACAGAUGACGCUUUUAUGAGCGGCAUUGAUGUCUUGCAGUGGUUCGAACAGGAUUUGGCCUUCGAUGAUCCUGGGGCGUUCGACUAUGACGGCCGAUUCACGACCGGGCAUUGGCAACAAUAA